GUGCAACCCAACUGCGACGAAUGAGAGCACACGUUGAUGAUUUCGAGAAACCCCAAAUAUAGGAGGCCCGCGCUUUAGGGCCGCAAUGAAGUUUGUCGGCCUUGCGGCAGUAGUGUGCUUAAUUCUACCCUUGAUUCAUAGCCUUCCCCACGCGGCGCACGAUGACUGCCCUCAGGCAAACACAUCUAUACCCCUUCGCAUUCUUCCCCUUGGCGACUCGAUAACCUGGGGUUGGCAGCCUGCACAUCAGCAGGAUGGCACCAAUGGGUAUCGCACGCAGCUGCUCUCCGACCUCCUCGCAGCCAACUAUCAUAAUGUAGACUUCGUCGGAACCCAACGUUCCGGCUCCAUGCUCAAUAACGAGAAUGAAGGGCACUCAGGCUUCACAAUCAGUCAGAUACACAAUGUGAUGGGUCCAGGGCUGGCGCUAAGGCCAAAUGUCGUGCUGCUGCAUGCUGGCACUAAUGAUCUGAACAGGCCCGAGAGUACAGCGGAGACCUGGGCGGAUGCACCGAAGCGCUUGGCCAGCGUGAUUGACGACGUGUUGAAAGCCUGUCCGGAUGCUGUUGUUAUCGUGGCCAAGAUUAUACAGGCGACAAAUGUGCAGACGGCGAGCAAUUUGAAGGCCUUCAAUGAGGCUAUACCCGGUGUGGUGGAGGAGAGGGUCAAGAAGGGGUCCAAGGUAACGGUUGUAGAUCAGAGUGUGGUUGGGGUGGAUGAGUUAGUUGAUGGACUGCAUCCGACUGAUGCUGGAUAUGCUCAUAUGGGGGACGUCUGGUUUCAAGGCGUCAAGGCGGCGAGCGAGGAAGGACUCAUCACGCCGCCUGUGUGAAACGCGUUCGAAUGGCUUGAGCUGUUAGCUUAAUACAGUUCUCAAUUGGUCUGUCUACCAAUUCAGGCUUCUCUCAACGUUUUGAGUUGUGUGGAAGACGCCGAAAGAUAUCGACUACUCUCUGAGUGUAAUAAGCGGGAUGUCUGACUUGCUACCAGCAUAAGAAGCAUCUCCAGUACGGAUGUGCUUGAUUCAAGCUUGACAUUAGCUUUCCUC